GCAAGUGUUCGAUCAAAUCUCAUAAAGACGAGACGAGUACUGAAUCUUCACGUUGUCCUCCUCUUCAUCCUUCCUUCAGCUCCCUAAAUAAGAUUUCUACAACCAGUUUUGUCAGCCCUAAAAAUAAGAUUCAGAACAGAGAAAAGAGAAUCAAUGGACAGAAAAUUGAGAAAUGGGAAUGGGUCCUCGAUGGCCCAAUUGCUAUUGUGCUUUCUUCUUCUGACGAGCUUCGUUGGACGAAUAGCUUCCCUCUCGGUCACGGUCAACGAUGUUGAAUGUGUCUAUGAGUACGUUCUUUACGAGGGUGACACCGUUUCUGGCAAUUUUGUUGUUGUCGACCAUGAUAUUUUCUGGAACGCCGAUCACCCUGGCAUCGAUUUCACCGUAAGUGCUCCUGGUGGUAACACCGUGCACACAUUGAAGGGAACAUCUGGAGACAAGUUUGAGUUUAAGGCUCCUCGAAAUGGAAUGUACAAAUUCUGUUUUCACAAUCCUUACUCAACCCCAGAGACUGUUUCAUUCUACAUACAUGUUGGUCAUAUCCCUAAUGAGCAUGACCUUGCUAAAGAUGAACAUUUGAACCCCAUUAAUGUUAAAAUUGCUGAGUUGAGGGAGGCAUUGGAGUCUGUCACUGCUGAGCAGAAGUAUCUGAAAGCACGUGAUGCUCGUCAUCGUCAUACAAAUGAGAGCACGAGGAAGCGUGUUGUAUUCUACACAGUUGGCGAGUAUCUUUUGCUGGCUGCUGUAAGCUCACUUCAGGUUUUAUACAUUCGCCGUCUUUUCAGCAAGUCGGUCGCCUACAACCGGGUUUGAGCUAUGCAUUAACAGUGUUAGUCUGUGUCGGUUUAGUAAAACAGGAUGAGGCUUGUAGGUGGUUUUGGACGAUUUACUUUCACAUCAUUUGCAUACAUGUAUCAAAGAUGAUUUAUUAUUUUAUUGCUAACAACUUUGAAACUUCCAAACACA